AUGUCGUCUCUGAGUGAUGACUUCAAUGUUCAUUUUUGUAUAUCUAUCUAUCUAUCUAUCUAUCUAUCUAUCUAUCUAUCUUUUCACCCCAAGCAAGGCUGGACGCGUCACUCUCACUUUCUCUCCUUCUCUCUCUUUUUCAUCUUUCCAUCCUUCUUUACCUCUCCUCAUCUUUCCGUUCCCUGUUUUAUCCCUCUCUCUACUUGUCUUUCUCUCUCUCUUUAUCUUUUUUUAUCUACUUUCCAUUCGUCUUCACGUCUCCCUAUCCUUCACUCUCUUUUCACUCUCUUACCCCUCUCUCCACCUGACUUUCCCUCUCUUUCUUUCUUUCUUUCUUUCUUUCUUUCUUUCUUUCUUUCUUUCUUUCUUUAUCAUCUACUUUCCAUCCCGCUUCACACUUUCCCUCUCCUUCUUUCUCUCUUCCUUUUUCGCCUUUUUAUCUACUUUCCAUCGCUCUUCAGGUCUCUCAAUCCUUCACUCUCUUUCCAUUUCCUGUCUUACCUCUCUCUCCACCUGACUUCCCACUCUCUCUCUCUCUCAUUCUCUACUUUUCAUCUACAUUCCAUCUCUCUUCACGUCUCUUCAUCUUUCACCCUUUCCAUUCUACGUUCACUCCCUCUCUCUCUCUCUCCACAUCUGUCCAUCCUUCUCUCUCCAAAUUCUGUCUUAACCUUCUCUCCCUCUCCCCACCUGAAUCCACCCUCUCUCUCUCUCCCUCUCUCUCAUUCUCUACUUUUCAUCUACUUUUCAUCCCUCUUCACGUCUCUUCAUCUUUCAAUCUUUCCACUCUCUGUUCACUCCCUCUCUCUCUCUCUCUCUCUCUCCACGUCUCUCCAUUCUUCGCACUCUUUUUCCACUCUCUAUCUUAGCUCUCUCUCCCUCUAUCCACCUGACUUUCCCUCUCUUUCUUUUUUCUCUCUUUCUUUCUCUCUUUUUCAUCUACUUUCAAUCCCUCUUCACGCCUCUCCAUCUUUCACUCGCUUUCCACUCUCUGUCUUAUCCCUUUAUCCAUCUUUCCCCCCCCUCUCUCUCUCUCUCGACCACGGGAAAUUACAUCGGAAUAAUCUCUCUAUCUAUGCGCUGUUUUUCUUCAAGACAACGUAA